UCCAAAUGGGUCAUAUUAAUCUGGUUGAUCACAAACGUAUACUGUGAUGACGAGAAGGAUGCCAAAAAUAUGACCUAUUUGUAUUUUCAAAUGCCAAAUACAAUGCCAAUAAAAGAUCAGUUGUCACAACGUACUGGAUUCCUUCCGGGCACAAUCGGUUCACGACUCCUACCGGUCAUUUGGCCACCCACCGGAAAAAUGGCUCCCGUGUCUCCGAUCACUCUGUACCGAUCUAAUCGGGUCCAGUCGCAAACAGUUGAAGAUUAUUGCCAGUCCAAGGAAGUGCUCGAUUUUUCCCAGGUUACCGAGUUUAUUCAUUGGUUUAUUCGGCAAAAACUCAAAGCUCGUCUUGUGGCGUCCAAAUCGAACGAUUUGAAUGAGAAAUUUAUCCGACCGUUUAUUGCUACCGUACCGACUGCUCGCUCCGAGUUCGUCACAUUCUAUUGUAUGCUACGCAAAACGCCCCAAGUCUCGUUGACGGCAAAAAACCAAUUGAAAAUCACCCUGACAUCCCAAUCAGAUUUGUAUCGGUUCUGUCCGAGUCCAUGCGCGUCUCGUGAGGGACCGGGGAUGGGAAGUGCCGAACGAGCCCAGCUAACUCGAUUCACCAAACCGUGCAGUUAUCCGGCCAACAAUUUCCCAUUCAUCUCACGCAAAUGCACCGAGGAGGGCCAAGCAAUAUGGCGAGAACAAUUGAAAACAUGUCAAAUUCGUUUGUAUAUGGAAGACCAUGUGGCCACAUUGGGCAAAUCAAAGGAUCCGGAAUUAUACCGGGCGGCAAAACUCGGCCUGGUCAAAGUUGUCGAUUGUGUGCGUGAGGGCACUCAAUACAUCGGAGGUGUCAGCUGGGAUUCGGACUCUAGCGGAGAGGAAGUGAUUCGAUCGAGUCAUCAGGCGCUUCGUUGUGUGUGCAAACCCCAGUACUACGGGACGCGUUGUGAUAAGGUAGAGAUUUUUCUUUGA